ACGAUCGGAUCGGUCCACAAACCCAUCCCAAUCAGCAUGCUUCCCGGGCUGUUUGUACUGGCGGCCUGCCUGUGCGCCGUAACGCUGUCCUGGUACUGGAAGCAGCGGCUCCGCUGGGCCGACGGUAUUCCGCGCGCCCGUCCCACCCACCGGUGGCUGGGCAACGUGGGCGAUUUUCUCGGCAAAAGCCCGGGCGAGGUGUUUCUCGUGCUGGAUCGCCAUUUCCGGCAGCACGAUCGGCUGUUUACGCUGCGGUUCGGGUCGCAGCUCGCGAUCGGCAUCACCCAUCCGGAGCUGGUGCAGAAGGUGCUCACCCAUCCGGACUGCCAGGCCAAGCCGGACCUGUACAAGGUGGUCCGGCUGCCGAACGGUUUGCUGGCGGCCAAAUAUGAUGUGUGGAAGGUGCACCGGAAAACGCUCAACUCCACGUUCAACGCCCGCAUUCUGGAGAGCUUCGUGCCGAUCUUCAACGACUGCACGCAGCGGCUGGUGGGGCGGCUGGACCGGUACGCCCGCUCCGGCGACCGGUGCAACAUCCUCGAGUACAUCUCGGCCUGUACGCUCGAGAUGAUAAGCCGCACCUCGCUGGGCGGCAAGGUGCUGGAGCGUGAAGGUGCCGAACAGUUCAUCGCCAAUCUGGAGGUAGCACUCAAAACGAUUGGUGUACGAAUUUUCAACAUUUUCCUGCACAUUGACUUCAUCUAUCAGUUCACCGCGCUGUACCGGAAGGAGAUGCGAGCAAUCAACAUUUGCCAGCGUUUUACCAGCAAGAUAAUCCAGGCUAAGCGGGAAGAGAUCGGUCGUUUGUGUGAUGAAAAUAGCAACCGAAAGCUGGAACCCGAGCAGCAGCACCACUACCGAAAGCCGCAGAUUUUCAUCGACCAGCUAAUGAAGAUGCCACUGACCGAUCCGAGCGCACGGCACUUCUCCGACGAGGAAAUAUCGGACCACAUCUACACGAUGAUCGUAGCGGGUAAUGAGACAUCCGCAACGCAAUUAGCGCACACCUGUCUGCUGCUGGCAAUGCAUCCCCACAUCCAGACGAAAGCGUACGAAGAGGUGUCCGGGCUGGUCUUCUCGCCCGAUCAGGAGAUAACGAUCGAGCUGAUGAAAGAUCUGCACUAUCUCGAGUGCGUGCUGAAGGAGGCGAUGCGCCUGAUGCCGGUCGCACCCAUCGUUGGGCGGCAGAGCGUGGCCGAAAUCGUGCUGGACGGCCACCGCAUCCCGCCGGGUAGCGUGCUGCUCUUUCACUUCUACGCGCUGCACCGGCGGAAGGACGUUUGGGGCCCGACGGCCGACGAGUUCGAGCCGGGCCGGUUUCUGGCGGACGGGGGGCGCCAUCCGUACGCCCACCUGCCGUUCAGUGGGGGGCCGCGCGGCUGCAUCGGCUAUCGGUACGCGAUGAUGAGCCUGAAGACGCUGCUGGCCCAGCUGCUGCGGAACUACGAGCUGACGACGGAGCUGCGCUACGAGGACAUCCGGUACCAGUACCAGAUAUCGCUCAAUCUGGCCUUCCCGCACGCGGUGCAGCUGCGCCGGCGGGUGAAUUAGAUGCCAGGCCGAGCUGUCGAGUUAGUUAAAUAGUAAUAAAAGUCCACGC